AAGAAGUGAAGAUUCUCGCCCUUUAGUUAGCGGCAGAGAUGGCCGCUUGUGGCUUGUUCCGCUCAUUUUCUUCAAACUUUUCCACAUUUCGGUCUUUACUGACCCGCUCAGCGCUGCUCUCUCCUCAGAGACCGGCACUUCGGCCUCACUAUGGAAGGACAAUAGCUUCUUCAAGCCGAUUAUCAGAAGCUCUUAAGUUCACAGACAAGCACGAAUGGGUUCGAGUAGACGAUAGCGGGACGGGUACAGUCGGAAUCAGCAACUUUGCACAAGAGGCUCUGGGAGAUGUAGUUUACUGUGGACUGCCAGAGGUGGGAACACAGCUAGCUCAGCAGGAUGAGUUUGGAGCUCUGGAAAGUGUCAAGGCAGCGAGUGAACUUUAUUCGCCUCUGACUGGAGAAGUUGUAGAGGUCAAUACACUACUGGCGGACAACCCUGGUUUGGUCAACAAAUCCUGCUACAAAGAUGGUUGGCUGAUGAAGAUGACGAUUGCUAACCCUGCUGAGCUCGACGCUCUGAUGGACGAGGCGGCAUACGAGAAAUACAUCCGCUCCAUCGAGGACUAACCUUAGAUUAUUCCAUGAAUACUAUCCUUUUUUUUAAGUGCUACUUUGCAGGGAGAUGCAUUUGACAUGCCUCUCGGUUCCAUCACAAUGAAUCCAGCAGCAAAGCUUAACUACAGCUCUGUACUGCUGAUCUGACUGGGUCGUAGAAAUGUGAACUUUAGAAAGUCUUUACCUAUUGAGUACAACUGUCUGCACUGAAUAAACAGCCUGCCUUUUUAUAACUCUGAAACAUUUAAACGCAAGAAAUGAAACCAAGGCAGUAGAAAGUCCACUAAGCAUUUCAAUCAAACCUAAAAUUCUGCUUUAGUAUUCAUAGACUUAAACGCACUUUGGUCUUUAUGGUGUUAUUAAUCUGGUUUAUCUACACUGUGGAUAUGGGGCCUGUGUAAUAGAAAAAUAAACAAUUCCUCACAUA